GUCCCAAACUCUGUUUUGGACGGAUGUGAAUCCUCUUUCAUAGCUGCUGACGAGAAACGUGAGAAAGCCAGUACUACGUUUUUUGACGAUACCGGACUUGUAGCGUUGAUCUGCCGGCAUGACUUUGUCCUUUGGCUGGCCAACAUGACCAGCGCGGGCGAGCGUCAAUACUACGCCCUCGCAUUGAUCGACAAACUCUUUCAGCAUAUACCCACGACGUGGCGCGCUGGUAUCCUGUACGAUAUCGGCUGUCAGAUUCACCGGAGCGUAUAUCGAUGGGGCUUCCUAACCGAAGUCCGUGAUCGAAUAGCUUUCGCGGUAUCAGUAUUCCAUGCCUACCAACAUCAAUGGGCCUGCCAGCUAUGCUAUCAUCCCCGAAAAUGCGACGGUUUUGGCUGCAGUGAUGGCGAG